CCUCUCCAGGAGCAAGAGAAUUCAUGCAACAGAGCCAGAGAGCUGCAAGGUCAAGAAUCCGUCCUGGGUAAAGGGACUCCUGACCACAGGCUUCUCCCUGGAGGACCCUGGCAAAGACACAAGAAUCACAGGACAGAGCAGGUUCUAGAGUGGCUGUUUAUUUCCCAGGAGCAGCCAAAAACCACCCAGUCUCGAGGACCAUUGUCAUUCGUGGAUGUGUUUGUGGACUUUACCUGGGAAGAGUGGCGGCUGCUGGAUCCCACUCAGAAGCACCUGUACAGGAGUGUGAUGUUGGAGAACUACAGCAACCUGGUGUCCCUGGGGUAUCAAGACAGCAAACCUGAUAUCGUCUUCAAGUUGGAACAAGAAGAACUGUGGAUGAUGCAGGCCCAAAUCCCAAGUCAAGGCCAUCCAGAAAAAGUCUGGGAAAUUGAUGAUCAUAUGGAAUGGCAUCAGGAAAAUCAAGGCAAGCUGGAAAGUGUGGCAAAAGGCUAUGAAUGUCCUACAUUUGGAAAACUAUGUCUUCUUACUACAAGUUAUGUUUCUUCAAGACAAAAGCUUCAUAAAUAUAUCACACGUGGAAUGAGUUUUAAAUAUAAUAUAGAUUUCAAUAGUAAUUAUGCUGGAAAGAAUCCUAAUGAGUUUCGUGCAUAUAGGGAAUCAUUCCACCAUUCUAAACAUGAGCAAACUGUUAUUGGAAUAAAAUAUGGUGAAAGUAAUGAAUGUGGAAAAACUGUCAACAAGAAGUCACAACUCAUAUGCCAACAAAUGUAUAUAGGAGGAAAGCCUUUUGAAUGCAGUUUUUGUGGGAAGACUUUCAGCAGUAAGUCAUACCUUGCAGUGCAUCAACGAACUCAUGUAGAAGAGAAACCCUACAAAUGUAAGGGAUGUGGGAAAGACUUCAGCAGCAAGUCCUACCUCACUGUCCAUCAGAGAACUCACACAGGAGAGAAACUUCAUGAAUGCAGUGAAUGUGGGAAAUCCUUCAGUUUCAACUCACAACUUGUUAUACAUCAGAGAAUCCACACAGGUGAGAAUCCCUAUGAAUGCUGCGAAUGUGGAAAAGUAUUCAGUAGGAAAGACCAGCUCAUUUCACACCAGAGAACUCAUUCAGGACAGAAACCCUAUGGUUGUAAUGAAUGUGGUAAGGCUUUCGGUUUGAAGUCACAGCUCAUUAUACAUCAAAGAAUUCAUACAGGAGAGAAACCCUUUGAAUGUAGUGAAUGUCAGAAAGCUUUUAAUACAAAGUCAAACCUUAUGGUACAUCAGAGAACCCAUACAGGGGAGAAACCCUAUGGUUGUAGUGAAUGUGGAAAAGCCUUUACUUUCAAGUCGCAGCUCAUUGUACAUCAGGGGGUUCAUACAGGAGUAAAGCCCUAUGGGUGCAUUCAGUGUGGGAAAGCCUUCAGUUUGAAGUCACAGCUCAUUGUGCAUCAGAGAAGUCACACAGGAAUGAAACCUUACGUAUGCAGUGAAUGUGGCAAAGCCUUCAGGAGCAAGUCGUACCUCAUUAUACAUAUGAGAACUCACACAGGAGAGAAACUCCAUGAAUGCAGUGACUGUGGGAAAGCCUUCAGUUUUAAUUCACAACUCAUUAUACAUCAGAGAAUUCACACAGGAGAGAGUCCAUAUGAAUGCCAUGAAUGUGGGAAAGCCUUCAGUCGGAAAUACCAGCUCAUUUCACACCAGAGAACCCACGCUGGGGAGAAGCCCUAUGAAUGCAGCGACUGUGGAAAAACUUUUGGUUUGAAGUCACAGCUCAUUAUACAUCAAAGAACUCAUACAGGAGAGAAACCCUUUGAAUGCAGUGACUGUAGCAAAGCCUUUAAUACAAAGUCAAACCUUAUUGUUCAUCAGAGAACUCAUACAGGGGAGAAACCCUAUGGUUGUAGUGAAUGUGGAAAAGCCUUUACUUUCAAGUCGCAGCUCAUUGUACAUCAGGGAGCUCACACUGGGGUAAAACCUUAUGGAUGUAAUCAAUGUGGAAAAGCCUUUAGUUUGAAGUCACAGCUCAUUGUGCAUCAGAGAAGUCACACCGGAGUGAAACCCUAUGGAUGCAGUGAAUGUGGAAAAGCCUUCAGGAGCAAGUCAUACCUCAUUAUACAUAUGAGAACUCACACUGGAGAGAAACCACAUGAAUGCAAUGAAUGCGGGAAAUCCUUCAGUUUCAAUUCACAACUCAUUGUACAUCAGAGAAUUCACACAGGAGAAAAUCCCUAUGAAUGCAGCGAGUGUGGAAAAGCCUUUAAUAGGAAAGAUCAGCUCAUUUCUCAUCAGAGAACUCAUGCUGGAGAAAAACCUUAUGGAUGCAGUGACUGUGGGAAAGCCUUUAGUAGCAAGUCCUAUCUCAUUAUACACAUGAGAACUCAUUCAGGAGAGAAACCAUAUGAAUGUAACAAAUGUGGGAAGGCCUUCAUUUGGAAGUCACUACUCAUUGUACAUGAGCGAACUCAUGCAGGGGAAAGCCCUUAUAAAUGUAGUCAAUGUGAGAAAUCCUUCAGUGGAAAAUUACGGCUCAUUGUACAUCAGAGAAUGCACACAAGAGAGAAACCCUAUGAAUGCAGUGAAUGUGAGAAAGCUUUCAUUAGGAAAUCCCAGCUCAUUGUACAUCAGAGAACUCAUUCAGGGGAGAAACCCUAUGGAUGCAAUGAAUGUGGAAAGACCUUCUCUCAGAAAUCAAUCCUCAGUGCACAUCAGAGGACUCACACAGGAGAGAAACCCUGUAAGUGCACUGAAUGUGGGAAAGCCUUUUGUUGGAAGUCACAGCUCAUCAUGCAUCAGAGAACUCAUGCAGAUGAAAAACAUCUUGAUGAAUUAAAUGUAAGAAAAUUUCUUCCAAAACUCAAUUCAUAG